AUGGCGGCCUUCACGGGCCAUUCUGCAGAGCCAUGCUACACUCCACAGCCAUAUCCAAACUAUGAAUUGAGGCUUCUCAUGGAACAAUUUGCUCGAGACAAUGAGAGAACAUGCUCCAGGAUGGAUCAUUGUGUCCAGGCCUAUCGUGAAACAGAGGAGAUCCUUCUGAGCCUUAAGAAGAGCGUCGAUGAUCUUGAGCGAUCUUGUGCACAACCUGCUCCCGAUCACCCUUCUGCUACCAUACUAGAAGAGGAGGAGGAAGAAGAAGGCUACAAGGACAUUGUGGAGCACACUAAAGUUGUCACGGAGAGCUCCCGUGAUGAUCAUGAUCAGGAAUGUCCUGUCAUAGCCGACCACACCUUCCCACAUCCCAAACUGAGCUUUGAAGAGGCGGGCAUGAGUGAGGAGAUGCAAGAAGAUCUCAUGAAAGAAAUUGCUUGGCAGCUUGCUCUCCAAUCCGUGCUAGAAGAAGAAGAGCAAGAAAGGGCGUAG